ACCUUUGACUGACCGAGUACGAGCUCGGUUACCGGGCCUCGCCCUCUUCCCCCCACACCCCCGGCCCAGCCCCCGGGGUCUGGCUCUUCUUCUCGGUCCACGCGUGUUUAGCUUCGCGCUCCGGGCUUCGACUUCCACGCGCGAAACCUUUCCCCGUCUGGCACCGCUCCUCUAGCCCGGCGCCACCUCCCUUCAUGACACCCAGCUGAGGGUCGGCGAUGGAGGGAGAUUGUGUCGAGUCGCUGGUUACUAUUAAGAAUAUUGAACGAGAGCUCAUCUGCCCAGCAUGCAAGGAGCUAUUUACCCAUCCGUUGAUCCUUCCCUGUCAGCACAGCAUCUGUCAUAAAUGUGUUAAAGAACUUCUUUUACUGACAAUUGAUGAUUCAUUUAAUGAUGUGGCAUCGGAGAACUCCUGUCAAAGUAGCCCUCGGCUUCGGGUCCAGUCUCCUAGUAUGGAUAAAAUUGACAGAAUUAACAGAACAGGAAUGAUCAAUUAUUCAGGCUGGAAACGCAGUUCAUUGACUCCUAGGACGACCACUUUUCCCUGCCCUGGUUGUGAGCAUGAUAUUGACCUGGGAGAGCGUGGAAUCAAUGGUUUAUUUCGAAAUUUCACUUUGGAAACGAUUGUGGAAAGAUACCGACAGGCAGCUAGGGCAGCUACAGCCAUUAUGUGUGACCUCUGCAAACCUCCACCUCAAGAAUCCACUAAAAGUUGCAUGGACUGCAGUGCAAGCUACUGUAAUGAAUGCUUCAAAAUAUAUCAUCCUUGGGGCACUGUAAAAGCUCAGCAUGAGUAUGUAGGCCCAACCACUAAUUUUAGACCUAAGAUUUUAAUGUGCCCAGAACAUGAAAUGGAGAGAGUAAACAUGUACUGUGAACUAUGUAGAAGACCAGUUUGCCAUCUCUGUAAGUUAGGCGGUAAUCAUUCAAACCAUCGGGUAACCACCAUUAGCAGUGCCUAUAAAACCUUAAAGGAAAAACUUUCAAAAGACAUUGAUUAUCUUAUUGGCAAGGAGGGCCAAGUGAAAAGCCAGAUAUCAGAAUUGAACUUGCUAAUGAAAGAAACAGAGUGCAAUGGAGAGAGGGCUAAAGAAGAAGCAGCUUCCCAUUUUGAUAAACUCUUUGAAGUUUUGGAAGAGAAGAAAUCUUCUAUUAUCAAAGCAAUUGAUGUUUCAAAGAAAUUAAGAUUAGACAAGUUCCAGACCCAAAUGGAAGAAUAUCAGGGACUUUUGGAAAAUAAUGGGCUUGUAGGAUAUGCUCAAGAAGUGCUUAAAGAGACAGAUCAGUCUUGCUUUGUUCAAACAGCAAAACAACUCCAUCUCAGAAUCCAAAAAGCUACUGAAUCUUUGAAGACUUUCAGGCCAGCAGCUCAAACGUCUUUUGAAGACUAUGUAGUUGACGCAUCUAAACAGGAAGAGCUUCUUGGAGAAUUAGCUUUUUUCUCUAAUGGUGUAGAUAUACCAGAGAUCAAUGAAGAACAGAGCAAAAUAUAUAAUAAAGCCUUGAUAUGUUGGCAUCAUCCUGAAAAGAAGAAUAAAGCUGAUAGUUAUAUUCUUGAAUAUCGGAAGAUUAGUAGAGAAGAAGAGAUGUUAACCUGGAAUGAGACAGAGGUCUAUAGUACCAGUAAAAUCAUUUCUGACCUUGAAAGUAACAGUAGCUAUGCCUUCCGAGUGAGAGGAUAUAAAGGUUCUGUCUGUAGUCCUUGCAGCAGAGAAGUGAUUCUCCAUACUCCUCCAGCUCCAGUUUUUAGUUUUCUCUUUGAUGAAAAAUGUGGAUAUAACAAUGAACAUCUAUUGCUGAAUCUAAAGAGAGACCGUGUGGACAGUAGAGCUGGAUUUUCUCUUCUGCUUGCUGCUGAACGUGUCCAAGUGGGUUGUUACACAAGCUUAGAUUAUAUCAUUGGAGACACUGGAAUCACCAAAGGAAAACACUUUUGGGCCUUACGUGUGGAACCAUAUUCAUACAUGGUUAAAGUAGGAGUUGCUUCCAAUGAUAAACUACAAGAAUGGCUCCAUAAUCCUCGUGAUAUAAGUAGCCCAAGAUAUGAGCAAGAUAGCGGUCAUGACAGUGGAAGUGAAGAUACCUGCUUUGACACAGCACAGCCUUUUACAUUAGUUACUAUAGGCAUGAAGAAAUUUUUUGUGCCCAAGUCACCUACUUCUUCCAGUGAACCUGAAAAUAGAGUUCUUCCCAUGCCAACAUGUAUAGGGAUUUUCCUUGACUAUGAUAAAGGCAAAGUUGGUUUCUAUGAUGCAGAUCACAUGAAAUGCCUUUAUGAGCGCCAAGUGGACUGCUCAGGUACGAUGUAUCCUGCAUUUGCGUUAAUGGGAAGUGGAGGAAUUCAGCUUGAAGAACCCAUCACGGCAAAGUAUCUGGAAUACCAAAAUGACAUGUAGUACAAAGACCUACUGAUGCUGCUUAGGAUGAGAAAUGUGAGCAAAAGGAUGCCUUAGCAUUAACAGUCAUAACUAAUUACAUAUCUCCUAAGUGCUUUUGCCAUGUUUUGUGUGUAUGUGUGUUUUCCUUAAAACACAGAAAAACCAAAAUAGUUUUUUCUUCCAACUUUAAUUAUUCUGUAUUUCUUUAUGAUGGAGUUAAGGGCAUUUUUUCCCCCUCAAGUUACUACUGAAAUAGUUGAUUAGCAACUGAAUUUUCUUCGAGUGUCUUUGUGAGUUGAAAAUAUGUUAUUUGUCAACUAGCAAUUUUUAUCUUAAUUUUUUAUUCAAAAGAAAUCCCAUUUUAUGGAAUGCUUAUGUUUGUUUUUUCCUAUUUUAAAUCAUGUGUAUGUCCUAAGAAAGAUUGUUUUUAAAAAUAAUUUAUGGUGAGAAAUGAGUGUUCAGCAGUGUCUCUUGUAUUUGUUUUUAAUAGGAAAAUAACAUUUACAGAUAAAUAAAGGACAAGGGGAAUAAAAAUGGUGGUAACGUACUUAAAUGGGAAGAAUUAUUUAAAAAUGUUUUCAAAGCUAUUAAUAAUAUAUGAUGGGGCAGCUAGGUGGCACAGUGGAUAAGCACCAGCCCUGGAUUCAGGAGGACCUGAGUUCAAAUCUGGCCUCAGACACUUGACACUUACUAGCUGUGUGACCCUGGGCAAGUCACUUAACCCUCAUUGCCCCACCAAAAAAAAACCCCACACCCCAAACCCCCCCAAAACAAAUAACAUAUGAUGAUAGUACUUGCUAUAUCUACCUACUAUAGUUGAUUUUUUUGAAAACCAAAUGUUGUACAUCACACACAAAAUAGUAAUAUUUUAAAGACUUCCCUCCUGAAAACAGAAUCUGUUGUUUUCUAAACACUCUAUAAAAUUGUUUUCUAAUCGGACAUAUUAAAAUUAAUUCAAAGGUAGAUUAUUUUUAAGUCUAUGUAAUCCCUCAGAAUAAUUAAAAAUAGCUCUAAUUUAUGUUCUCCUUAAGGCAAACAUUGUAAACUUGGGGGAACAGACUGAAUUUGUCUUCAAUAAAUAAUUUUAAGAAAUCUUAGUUCCAAGUGCACUGAUAUUUAAAUGGCCUUUUUGCCCUUAUGAUAUUUUGAGUGUUUAAUUUCAUUUAGUGUACCUAUUUAUUACAUUUCAGUUUUCACUGGUCUGUAUGUUUGAAAGAUUCAUGCACAAGUUCUUUCUUUGAGUUUAUUUAAUAGCAUUAAAUAUUCUAAAACAUGAAAUAAUAGCGGAUGGUCUAAUUGGCAUUUUCUGUGUUGUAUUACUUGAUGCAGAUAAUAAACCUUUUGCAAAGUAAGCAAGUUUGGAAUUGCAACUGAAAUAUAGUAUAUUUAUUAUAUUGAUGCACUUUUAUUAAUAGUUGGAAGAAAUUAAUUGUAAAUGGAAUGUUUAGACCACAAAACCAUUGUAUGCCUGAACUUAAUGUUCAGUUUUAAAGGAUGUAUCUACAUUAUUGCAUAGGGAUAUGGAUAUAGGGAUUGGACCUUUGAUUUCAUUGAUGUAGGGAACAUCCAGUAAAGAAAGCUCCCUCCACCAAAUAAGUGGGUACCUUCCUUGCAACUUGUUGUCUUAAGAGAGUUAAAUAUCUAGAGCACUGGGAGGUUAAAGGACUUGCCCAGGGUCACACAUCCAGAAAGAGCCAGUCAGGAAUUGAACCCAGGUCUUCCUGGCUUCAAAGGCUGGCUCUUUAUCCAUUAUGCCAUGCUUCCUGUCACUUAUUAUAUGGUUUCUAUAAAUAAUUGUUGCUUCUUUAUUAAGAUUAGGAAAUUAUGGAUGUUGAAGUCUUGUCCCUUUAUUGAGAUUUUGGCUCAUUUAAUAAGAAUAAUUCCUCAAACUUAAUAUUCUUUCCAUUUUUAAACUGAAAAACCAAGUUAAAGUGUUUUUACAAAUACAUUUUAUUGUUCAACUGGUGUACACUGUGACCUGGAAGAAAUUCAGUAUUUAGUAGCAUUUGAUUACUUUAUCUGAGAAUAGCACUUUAUAACGUAGGCUAAGCUAAAAAACGUAGCUGUUCUGUGGAUUGUUGUACAAUAAAAUUGCUAAACUAUCACGUGUUGAUGAUUACAGAUCGUGUCUCUUAAACAUUUGUAUGUGUAAAUCAUGUAUUCUUAAACUUAGAGCUUUUGACCAAAGUAGGAAAGUUUUAUUUGAAACUUGUAUAGCUGUAAAUAAUUGUUCAUUUGACUUUUAGGAAAAAAAAUAAAAAGGAGAAGUAGCAAAGUUUAUUUCUUCCACAAAUUUAAAUUCUAAAAAAUUUUAAAAAUUGGAAAGUUUCAUACUGGACUGAAAUAACUAUUCAUUGAACAUUUGUCUUUUAAAUACAUUAAAUUAAUCAUUAAAGGAAAUUCCACAUAUGUGUGUAGAUCGGUACAAAUCUAUCACUGCAUCUACAAAAAAUGAUUUCUCGGAUAUGUUCCAGAGCAAGGCAAGGCAAGAAGCAUUUAUUAAGCACUUACUAUUCACCAGGUUCUUAGAGCAGGAAUUAGCCUUUUUGAAUGUCAUUUUGGUAGUCUAAUGAUGUCUCUAGAUCCUGUCUCAGAAUGUUUUUAAACGAUUGAAGGAAAUGCUAAAUCUUAACUAGAGGUUAGUGAAAAUAAAGAUGUAAUGUUUCUUCCAAUCCAAGUUUAUGACCUCAAAAAUCUAUCCAAGAGAUCAGUGGACUCCAGGCUAAGAAACCCUGCUCUAAAGGCUCAUCUCUGUACUUAUCUUUGAUAUGGCUGCUUCUAAUGUUAUAGGAAAUCAAAACGCUUAACAUGGCUUUAUUUUCUUUGAAGACUUCUUCAUGAGAGCAAGAAUUGCUAUCUAGCACUGGACAAUAGAUUUCCUGAGUUCUAACUUACUAGUGAACUUGGGUAAGGUACUAACUUAUUUGGACUGUUAUCUGAUAUAUAAAAAUGAAGAGGUUCAAUUAGAUUUCUUUAAGUCACUUCCAUUUCUAAAAUUCUAUGAGUCUUCUUUCUACAUUAUUUCCUCUGCUCUAUCAAACCUUUCCUGUUACCUUUUCCCCUUUCAGGGUAACAGACCACCAAGUUAAGCAAGUUAUCCCUCAGUAAGCAUGCUGUCUUUGUGGAUCACAUCCUACCUGAGGAGCACAGAAAGAUUAAUGUUAUUGUUUAAAGGAUGAAUUUUAGGCUAUAUAUAGGAAAAAGAUGGAGAUGAUCAUAAAAAAAAGAACUAGAAGGAACUUUAGAGGUCAUCCAGCCCAGCCAUACCUGAACCAGAAUACCAUCAUCAUCAAGUAAUCUUAUUAUUAUAUGAUGGAAGACCCCCAGUGAUGGGCAACUCACUGAUUCCCAAGGUACAAUUCAUUCCACCUUUAUUUCUUUUUAAGUGUUGGUUUUCCCUUCUAUGGAAUUGAAGGUUGCCUUCCUCCACGCUUCAGUCCUAUUCCAACUUCUGCAGUAAAAUAAAACAUAUUUAAUCUUUCUUCCAUAUAACAGCACUUCAAAUAUUUAAAGGCAGAAAGUAGUGUUGUUUCCCCAAGUUUCCUGUAGGCAAAAUAUGUAAGUUUCUUCAGGUGAUACUCGUGGCAUGACUGAGUCUACAUACCAUCACAGAUCCACUCUGGAUUGUUUCCUAAAACAGUGCACCUAGAAUUUAUCAACAGUUUGGGUUUGGUCAGGGUAGAGCAUAAUGGGGACAGUAACCUCUUCUUAUUGUUGUCAUUUCAGUCAUGUCUGACUCUUUGUGAUCCCAUUUGGGGUUUUCCUGUCAAACAUACUUGAAGUGUUUUGUCAUUUUCUUCAGUUCAUUUUACAGAUAAAGAAACUGAG